AUGGGUGCCCUUAAGUACGUUGAAGAAAUUCACAAAAAGAAGCAGUCGGAUAUCCUCCGCUUCUUGCUUCGUGUUCGUUGCUGGGAAUUGAGGUCAUUGAGUGCGUUUGGAUCUAGAAUUCUGCUUUAUUUCAAUUGCUAAUGGGUUGGGGGGAUCAUAGAUGUCAUUCACCGCGCCUCCCGCCCUUCUCGUCCUGAUAAGGCCCGUCGUCUGGGGUACAAGGCUAAGCAAGGCUAUGUUAUCUACCGUAUCCGUGUCCGCCGUGGAGGUCGCAAAAGGCCCGCUCCUAAGGGUGCUACCUAUGGGUAAGGAGGCCCAAGAUCUCAGGUUGGGACUGCAGCUGAUGGUAAUCUCGAUAAUAGUAAACCCACAAACCAGGGUAUCAACCAGCUGAAGUAUCAACGGUCACUCCGUUCUACCGCCGAGGAGCGUGUCGGCCGUCGUUGCGCAAACCUGCGUGUCCUAAGUACGGCACCACCUCUUCAAGUUACCCAAUAUAGGAAUCUAAUGUUUUUAUGACAGACUCCUACUGGAUAAACCAGGACUCCACCUACAAAUACUUCGAAGUCAUCCUCGUCGACCCCCAACACAAGGCCAUCCGCCGUGAUGCUCGCAUCAACUGGAUCACCAAGCCAGUCCACAAGCACCGUGAGUCCCGUGGAUUGACUGCUACCGGCAAGAAGAGCCGUGGCCUCAACAAGGGCCAUCGUUACAACAAGACGACUGCCGGUCGCAGGAAGACCUGGAAGAGACUCAACACUGAAAGCUACUGGAGAUACCGUUAGGGAGUCGUUAUGUUUCUAGGGGAAAGCGGGAGGUUUUGUGCUCUUUUUUUCCCGGGGUUUUUUCUACAGCAAUCUAAAUUAUUUGCUGGGGUGUUUGGGUUUUCCUUU